UCCUUCCUUGUCUAUACCCAAUCUGUCUUUUCCGGUGGUGUUCUGUGAAAGAAGCUGCCGUACAUUUGAUUUAUUUUAAAAUGGGUUUCGUCAAAGUUGUGAAGAACAAGCAGUACUUCAAGAGGUACCAAGUUAAAUUCAAGAGGCGUCGUGAAGGGAAAACUGACUACUAUGCACGAAAACGCCUGAUUGUGCAGGACAAGAACAAGUACAACACACCCAAAUACCGGUUGAUUGUACGUCUCUCUAACAAGGAUGUGACCUGCCAGGUUGCCUACUCUCGUAUUGAAGGUGACCACAUUGUGUGCGCUGCUUACUCACAUGAACUACCCCGCUAUGGCAUCAAGGUUGGACUUACCAACUAUGCUGCUGCGUAUUGCACUGGUCUAUUGCUGGCGCGAAGACUUCUACAACGACUUGGCCUUGACUCUCUAUAUGCUGGUGCAACCGAAGUAACUGGUGAUGAAUUCAAUGUGGAACCUGUAGACAAUGGCCCUGGAGCUUUCAGAUGUUACCUUGAUGUUGGAUUGGCAAGAACUACCACUGGUGCCCGUGUAUUUGGAGCCAUGAAAGGAGCAGUAGAUGGAGGUCUUAAUGUUCCUCAUUCCAUCAAAAGGUUCCCAGGAUAUGAUGCAGAAUCAAAGAAAUUCAACGCUGAAGUGCACAGAUCUCACAUCUUCGGAUUACAUGUUGCUGAAUACAUGAAGAACUUGGAACAAGAGGAUGAGGACUCCUACAAGAGGCAAUUCGGCAAAUACAUCAAACUUGGUGUAGUUGCAGAUGCUGUUGAAGGUCUAUACAAGAAGGCACAUGAAUCAAUCCGGGCUGACCCCUCAUACAAGAAGAAGGAAGGCAAGAAAGACCCUGCCAAACAGAAACGCUGGAAUAAGCGCAAGCUGACACUGGCCGAAAGAAAGAACAGGAUCAAGCAGAAGAAGGAAUCCUUCAUCAAGAAGUUGCAAGCACAGGCUGAAGCUUAAUUUGGCAACAGUCCUAAAUAAAACUUCUUGACUACAUAA